AUGAAAAAAAGUUUUAAAGCAAAGAAUACUUUUGUUACAAAUGAUCAAUUACUUCACUUAUCUCCAUUGCAAAAAGCCCGAAGAGCCUUACAAGUAGCUCUUAAAAAAGCAAUUCAAGAAACAUAUGAUUUGGACUCUGCAAAGCAGUCUGCAGAUCAAUCAUGCCCUACUGAAUAUGAAGAUGAACAAGAUGACUUCCAAGAAGAAGAUAACAUAGAAUUGGACUGGACAAUAUCCACCGAAAUUUCCAAAGAUACUGAAAAUAAUCUCCCACCCUCAGCAGAAUAUGUUAGGGAAGUUCAGCAAAAUACUGAAAUGGCUAAAAAUAGUUAUGGAACUGCAUCAAAUGGGAGCCUUAUACAUUUUUCGGACGAUUUGUGUCAACAUUCUAUUGAUAAUUUUACCACACCAUUCUUGAGCAUGCCUGAUCUUGAAUCAGAACCAACGGAAGAUAACUCUGGUAUUGAAAUACUUGCGGAAUUUCACAUUAAAAAUGAAAUUGAUCAAGGUAUUACCAAGAAAAGUGAAAAAGAAAAUGACACUCAUUCUUUAAAUUGUGUCCUACCAUCGGUCAGCAAUGAUCAAAAUGAUGACAUUACAUUUGCGGAGCCUACUGAAGAUACUGAUCAUUACCACGGAGAAUGGGAUCAAAUGUUUUGUGAUAUAAUCACUAAUAAGAGCUCAAGUCAAGACAGUGUCUCAAACUUAAAAGAUCUCUAUUCUCAAAUAUCGCAAACAAUAGAUUUACUUAAUUCUUAA